AUGGAGAAGAAAAUCGAUGAUGGUGGUUGUGUUGAACGAGAAGAUCGAUCAAGUCAAGUUGGGAUAGGCGACAGGGGUGAUGGAGAAGAAAGAUCGGUGGUGGUUAUUUGUUGGAGGCCAGGAUCAACAAAAACAAAAACAAAAGGUUGGGGUGAGGGUAUAGAGGGGCCUUGGGACUUCCGGGCUUUUGAGGUCUCAAAGCUAGGUCUAAGGACACUCGGACUUUCGGGUCUGGAACUGGUGAGGACAGGUGACGAUAAAAGAGAGAAGGGAAAUGAGAGUAAUGUUGUAAGGAGAAAAUUUGACAUUAAUAAGGUUCCAUCAGAGGAACAAUGGAUCACCACCACCAUUGGCGGAAAUGAAGAAGAGAGCGCCACCACUAUCGGAAUUAGCAAGGCAACUAAUGGAGGAGGUGGUGGGCCUCCAAUGAAGAAAAUCCGACUCAGUGUAGACCAGUCCCGUUUGCUUGAAGAAAGCUUCCAACAAAAUUACAGAUUGAACCCUAAAAUGAAACAGGAAUUGGCCGGAAAGUUGAUGCUAAAACCCCGACAAGUAGAGGUUUGGUUUCAAAAUCGACGAGCUAGGAACAAGCUCAAGCAAACAGAGAUCAAAUACGAGUAUUUGAAGAGAUGUUUUGAAUCACUUGCCGAACAAAACAAGAAGUUACACAAGGAGCUGGAGGAGUUAACGACCACAAGAGUGGGCUCGUCAACCAUGUUCUCACCCGUGGUUGCGAGCCCUUCCCAUCAUCCAAGCUAG